AGGGCGGGUCCGCUUGGCUUCGGCUUCGGCGUCGGCGUCGCUCCCGCGCUGGGGCAGUAGGCCGGCUUCUCUCCGCUGGCCGCGGUUAGGUGUCGGUGGCGAAGGGCGCGCGAAGGGCCGCCAGCCGCGCGGCGUCGGCCCUGGCGUCUGGGUCGUUGUGUCGUCACAACGACUCCGGUAGUCGUCUCCGCGACAGCAGGUGCGGCCGCUUUAGCCCCAGGCGGGCUCCGCGGCUGCCUGGCGAGUCUGUGCACACGCCCAGCCCUUUCCUUCCUGGACCCAGCGCCAAGCAGCGACGCUGAGCCGACCGCCGGAGCGGCGGGCAAUGGCGGCCUCGACGGCCUCGCAUCGGCCCAUCAAGGGGAUCCUGAAGAACAAGAGUUCUACGACUUCCUCUGUGGUGGCCUCGGCCGAACAGCCCGGCCGGAGUGUCGACGAAGAGCUGAGUAAAAAAUCCCAGAAGUGGGAUGAAAUGAACAUCCUGGCGACAUAUCAUCCAGCAGACAAAGACUAUGGUUUAAUGAAAAUAGAUGAACCUAGCACUCCUUACCAUAGUAUGGUAGGUGAUGAUGAAGAUGCAUUGAGUGAUUCAGAAACCACUGAAGCCUUGACCCCAGAUAUCUUAGCUAAGAAAUUAGCUGCUGCUGAAGGCUCAGAGCCAAAGUAUCGGGUUCAUGAACAAGAAAGCAGUGAAGAUGAGGAUAGUGACCUCUCACCUGAAGAACAAGAAAAAAAGCGACAAUUUGAAAUGAAAAGAAAGCUUCACUACAAUGAAGGACUGAAUAUUAAAUUAGCUAGACAAUUAAUUUCAAAAGACCUGCAUGAUGAUGAGGAAGAUGAAGAAAUGUCAGAGACAGCAGCUGAAGAAUGCAUGAACGUGGAACAAUCAAAUCAAGGAUCUACUACAAGUGACCAACUGCAAAACAAAUCACAGAGUUCAUAGAAAAGACUUUUUCAACACUGUAAUUGUCAGAUAUAAACCCUGUUACUAUAAUACACUGCUUCUUGUUCUCAACAAUUCAUGACUUAAGUACCAAAAUGCAUACCAAUUAUUAUAUAUUGCCAAGAAUUAAAUAGAGACUAAUUAGACUGAAAUGCCUACUUGAUACAUAUAUUCUUGUGCCUAGUACUUCACCACAAAUACAGCAUAAUGUCAUCAGUCCAAAACUGAGGUUUUAUAAGAACACUGGUUAAUUUGUAUAAGAUAUUAUAUAGCUUUUUAUGCUUUAGAAGUUAAAUAAUAUCUCUUGGGGGGGGUUCUAAUUUAUUCACUUCUAGAUGUGAUAGCUCUUAUAAAAAGUUUUUUUUUGUUUUUUUUUGUUUUUUUUUUUUUUUUAACUCAAAUCCAGUUGGAGCAACCAACCAAUUAUAUAGGCUGAUAAAAUACUGAGUCUAAGAAGUAUUUUAACAUGUGUCUUCAACUUGAUUUGUCUGUUUAAUUGAAAAGGAUUAUAAGAGUAAUUGUUGCAUUUUCUGGCCUAUUAUCUUUAAAAUUACCCUUGACUUUCUUUAUGUUUACAAGGACAAGAUUGAAUUUUUUCUCAUCAAAACUAGCUUUUUUCACAAAUAAAUUAUCAGGUUAAACUUGCACUAACAUCUGCUCUGUUUUUUGUACACUUGAUGGGCAGACUUUCAGAUCAGUUUUUUAAAUAAAUGUAAUUCUAAUACGGUCUCAACAUUCCCUUUAUAUGCCUAUUUUGACCUCCUGCUUUUGUUUCUUACUCCUUUCCACAUACACAUACACAGUCCUUUACCUUAAAAGGUCAUAAAGACUGGCAUGAAAUUAGGAACUCCUCCUUCUCUCACAUAUUCUAUCAUUUGCUGCUACAAUGAAAUUUUUAUUUUGAGUAUCAAUGCCUAUUAGCUCUAAUACAUGGAGAAAAUUGAAUAGCACUGUACUAUAGACAGGAAAUACAGUUGAACUGCGGAAUUUCUACACCUCUAUGAUUUACAGCUUGCUAAUUAAAUUGCUAUAAUUAGUUUAUUGUUUGACUCGAUUAGACCUUAGAAAACGACUAACAGGUUUUUUGCAUGAGAGAGAAUUGUGUGUAACCAGUGAUAUGAUGAUAAUUGCUGAAUGUGCAGACAGAAGUAAUCCUGAACAGUUUUUAAUUUAAAAUUUUUAAAUAGUCCCUGCUUUAAAGGGAGUAUGAUAAUGUAUACUAUGACAAAUGUACUUUAUUCUUCUAACACAGUAAGAUCUGGAUUUUUUUCCUGAGCUGAAGUGCAGUUCCUGUGUAUCUUAGUUUAGUGGUAGUUUCAUUUCUAGUCAAUUAUUUGUAUCUUAAUUUUUUGUCAGUACCAAAAGAAUUCAUUAUAUGAACAGACUUUUAAAAUAGUUUCUGUAUAUUGUAUAUAUGAAAUGGCUUUUAUUGAACAGCUUAUCUUCCACUUGCAAGUUUAUGGAAAUACCAAUAUGUCAGAAUAAAUAAAAAGUGGGAGAAUUCUUUGCUGUUAGAAGAA